GCGAGGGGCCCAGCCUCGCCCAGGCUGCUGCAUUGCUGGAGACCACAUCUAGCUCACCCAGCCUCCUAGACAAUGUGCUCAGUGCUUUGAGACUGGAAGGACCUUGCUUUGCAAUGAAGAUGGAGGCAGUAGGAAAAGCAGAAGAACUUGUUGAUUCAGAAAUUCCACCAAAGACUUCUGAAAAGCAAGAGACUGCUCCUGAUGAAGACAGGCCUAUAGAACUUGAGACACAAUCUCAGAAGGACAGCAUGUCCAGUGCAGCAGACUCUGCGGUGCUCUCUUCUAUGCCUUGCUUGCUGAUGGAACUGAGGCGGGACUCCUCGGAGUCUCAGCUGGCAUCUACAGAGAGCGACAAGCCAGUAGGUGGCCGAGUUUAUGAGAGUGACUCUUCUAACCACUGCAUGCUUUCCCCUUCCUCCAGUGGGCAUUUAGCCGACUCAGACACACUGUCCUCCGCAGAGGAGAACGAGUCCUGCCAAGCUGAAGCUGCUGCAGAGGGAGACCCUUCUGCAGUGUCUGGGGCUGCGGUUGGGAGGAAAUCCAGGAGAUCCAGGUCUGAAAGUGAGACUUCAACAAUGGCUGCCAAGAAAAACCGACAGUCUAGUGAUAAGCAGAAUGGCCGAGUUACCAAGGUGAAAGGUCACCGGAGCCAAAAGCACAAAGAGAGGAUCCGGCUCCUGAGGCAGAAGCGGGAGGCGGCUGCUCGCAAGAAGUACAACCUGCUGCAGGACAGCAGUACCAGUGACAGUGACCUGACCUGUGACUCCAGCACGAGCUCAUCAGACGACGACGAAGAGGUUUCAGGGAGCAGCAAGACAAUCACUGCAGAGAUACCAGAUGGACCUCCUGUUGUGGCUCACUAUGAUAUAUCAGACACAAACUCAGACCCAGAAGUGGUAAAUGUGGACAAUCUGUUGGCAGCUGCAGUAGUUCAAGAGCACAAUAAUUCUUUAGGAAAUGAAGACUCAGGGUCUGCCUGGAGAACCAGAGGGCUGCUGAAUGAAAUGAGUGCUGAUACAGGUCAUUUGGAUCCAGGCUUCCUUGCAGGUGACAAAACCUCUUGUGGCAAUGCUCAGGCCAAUGAAGAAAUUAACAUUGCCUCUUCUGAUAGUGAAGUAGAGAUUGUUGGAGUUCAGGAACAUGCCAGGUGUGUGCAUCCUAGGGGAGGGGUGAUCCAAAGCGUGUCCUCCUGGAAGCGCAGCUCGCCAUUUGGGAGCGUCCAGCCCACGCAGCCGUGGACAGCAGUGGCUCCCCAGCAGAACUGGUCCUCACCCCCAGAAGUGGUGGACCUCACUCUGGACGAGGACACCAGGCGCAAAUACCUCCUGUAAGGCCGUGUCGCUGUGCUCUGCCCCCUCCCCUCCUGCCCUCCCUGGCACAGAAGUUCAGUGGUUAAAACAUCACCUCCAGAGGCCCGUCCUUGGCACCAAGAAACCCAAACCCGUGGCGUUUCUCCAUGUCCACAGGAAUGUAGUCUGAUUUCAGUAUCACUUCAAAUGGUUUUGCCUUCUCUAAGGAGAAUUCCUGCCCAGAAUUAACAGCACCAAAUUUGAAACACAUCUGCAGUUACUAAUGUGUGCAUGUAUAUCUAACAAAAUAACUGCGUGCAAACUUACAUCCUCCCACCCUCCCCACCUCCCAACUCCAGGAGUUUUUUACUUUAUCAGUGUCUUGAGUUUGUUAGUAGUAGUGUGUUGCUGUGUGAGCAUCAGUGGUUUUGAGAAAUGCUGUGUCCUCACCGAUUUCAGUGGAACUGGGGGGUAUUCAACACUUCCAAAAUUUGGGCCAGGAGUAUUUUUACCCUAGUUGAUUUGGUUAUGCCACCAGCAGGAGGGAUUGUUUUUAAUGCAAAUGUCUCAUAGCAAAUGCACUGAACAGCUUUAAUGAAAACAUUUUUAUUUUCAAUGUAAGUUAUAGUUUAUACUCUUCAGUGCUGAGUCUUCUGUCCACUUGACUACUGUGUUUCACUGGUGAAUUCCCACAGCUUGAAAUGGCUAAAAUAGUAAUAGUAGUGACUUAGGAACAGCUGAACAUUGCAAAAGCAUAGGAAAAGGCCAAGAUUCAGGAAACACUUUCUAUCAGAGUAUUUACCAAAAUCAGUGGAACGACUCACUUCAGCAGGCUGCAGUUUCUGUGGUAUAUAUGGAAAUUCCUGCCCCUUGUCUGUCAUUUUGAGCCUUUCCCAAGGCAAAAAAACCAAAGAUUAGAUUUUAACAAGAUGAUAUUAUUCACUUUAAAUGUCUACUUUGCAAUUGAAACAUUCCUUCAUAUUCCAGAUGUUUCUAGUGGGAAUUUUGUACAGCUCUGCCAUUAGAUUUUUGGUAUUUAAGGCUGAACGGGGUGGUCAGGACAUGGGAAGUUCUGCUUUUCUUUCAUGUCGGCUGGUUUUUAAAAUUUAUUUGGCUUCCCUUAAUUUUAUUUGUGGGCAAAAUAAAAAAAUUAAAAUAGA